AUGCGACCAACAGCAAUACUCGCUCCACUUUGUCUGCUCGCCUCCGUAUCAUCAGCAUGGCAGCCAUUAGAGGUCGUGAGGCGAGAACUUGCACAGUUGCUCCCUAGACAAGACGCAACAUCCAAGUCAUCCUUUAAUCUGUCGUUCUCCUCACAACAAGGCAACACUGCCACUACCGAAAGCUCGACCGAUGCCUCGACGACUGGUUCGGACAGUGGAUCAUCAGGGACGCAAACAGGGAGCAGUAAGAGUGGCGCAACGGCUACAGGCACACAGACCGGAUCAGGCAAGCAGAGCGGGAGUGCGACAGCUACAAGUGGUGGUUCAGGCAAGAGCACGAAGGCCAGCGUGACCGGAUUCGAUCCCAGAUUACCGCCUGGUGGCGUGCAAAUGGUGACUCCCGCGCCGAUCUCGACAACAUACUACAGGAUCAAUGACCAGGUGACUUUCGCAUGGAACUAUACAUCACUAUCCGUUACUCCAUCUGCCGUGGACAUUCUAGCGACUUGCACCUUGAACAAUGCAAUGUAUACCAUUGCAAUGAACCAGUCCAUCACCAAUGCGACACAAGUACUCACAUGGGAUACUGGAAAUUUCCAGCAGACCGCAGCAACCACACUCUUGACUGGCAGCUAUACUCUCAUUAUUCACGAUGCCGCGAAGGAAGUCACAGCGACCGCGCCAGCCGGCUAUUUGGCGCCUUAUAGCCAAUUCGUCUUCGGCAUGUAUACUUCACAGCCGUCCGUGGCUUGGUCGGAGUAUGUCUGUACGACAUGUAACUCCGCCAAUUCUGUGAUGGAAAGGCAGACUAUGGGCUUCAUGCUGGGCAUGGUUGUGCUGACUGUGCUGAGCUUCAGCUGGUUCGCUGGUGUGGCUGGCAUCAUCUAA